GGCUGCAUAACAAAUUGGGUUCAACUGAUGAUUUGUGGUCCGGCAAAACAAUAUGCUCUCAGCUGUCACAGGAAAGACUGCAGAGUGUCCAUGCAUGCUUUCAUACAUUACAGCCUCAUGUCAAAGUCAAGCUUAUGCUGUCAUUCCUACAUAUUCCGAGGAGAAAUGUUGACUUGUGUAAAGGGCAGCUUGAAGAGAUUCUGAUGUCAGCUAUACAUGAUACAGACCAAUGGGUAUCUAUGGUAGGAGAGAUCUUGCGCACAUAUCCAGCAACUGGAGCCCUCAAUCUUGAGUUAGAGGAUAAUAAUGGAACAUUUGCAGAGGUUUUGGCUGACCUUAAGAAGAUGGUGAAGCGUUCAGUAGAUGUAAAGAUGUUACCUAUGGAAUGCCAAUUUCUAAACAAGACGGCACUGAUUGCUACAACUGGACAGCAGCCACUUCCCACCAAACAUUUUGCUCUCAAACGUAAACCAAAGUCAGCUGCUUUAAGAGCUGAACUAUUACAAAAAUCAUCGGAAGCAGCUGUUAAUAGGAAGAGAAAUGGAUCUGAUUAUGUACCAAUCAAAGUACGAAGUUUUGCCAAGAAGAUGGACGAUUUUACUCCUUUGAAGGGUAUUCAUGGUAGAAAUGUACCAACUGGGGGUUUCCUGAGUCCAAACUCUGUGGGAAGGAAGUCAGGAUUUCUUGGCAGUUCAGGUUCUUCCAUUGCUGGAACUCCUAACAGAUUGAAUGCUCUGAAAAAAGAAGGUGGAAUUAAGUUGCUAGAUAUUACUGAGCAACCAUUAGCACCUAAAGAAGCCAAGAGGAGAAGAAAGCAGGCUGAGAUAGAAGCUAAUGAGCUAGCAAAGGAGAAGAGAGAAGCAGAAAAAGCUGCUGCUGCAGCUAACCAAACAACAAACCCUGCCCCCUAUACUCCAGAUUAUGCUGCAGGACUUGUAUCCCCAGCACCAGCCAAGAUAAUUGGCAUUGGUCCAAGUUCAGCUGUCUCAUCAUUACCACAAACACAGACUGUGUCUUAUGUACCCACGUCAAAUACAAGAAUCCCGGACCCAUCACCUACUGCAAACACUCAACAAGCUCGGGACAACUUACAGCAACAACUUCAACAACAACUUGGCCAAUCACAAAUCAGAACAACUACUGUCUUGCCAUCCAUUGGUCAAACAUUUCAACAAGCAGCUAUCAAUCAAACUUCUGCCACGCCCACUGGACAGCCAUUACAACCAAUCCAGCCACAGCCUCAAAAUAAUGUUCCACAACCAUUGGCUGCCCAGCAGCAGCAGCAACAACAACCACAAGCAAAGAAAGGACUUUCUCUUACACGUGAACAAAUGAUGGAAGCACAAGAUAUGUUUAAAAAUUCCAACAAAGUUACAAGACCAGAAAAAGCAUUAAUUCUUGGUUUCAUGGCUGGAUCCAGAGAAAACCCGUGUCCUCAGCAAGGUAAUAUAUUAAGUAUACGACUGAGUGAAGCUGAAGAGCUUGUUACUAUGCCUGAUCACACACAGAAACAAAAAUUAGUGGACACUUACUUCCAAAUGAAUUAUUUGACUGGUGAAUGGAAACGUGUGAAAAAAUACAAGGAUUUAGAACAAGGUUGAAUGUGAGGGGAGAGAUAUUCAGUAUUGUGUUUCAAUAUUGUGUUAUGUUUGUAUAACUCUAAAUGAGGAAAUAUAGAAGUUGAAAUUUACCAGCAACGCUUGAUGGUGAGGAGUGAAAGGGAUGGAGAAAAUACUGAUAAGUAUGUGUGCUGGAAUGAAUUGUAUGGUAAAAGCAAAAACAGUACAGUGGUGCUUUUAUUUAUCAUUGAAAUAUGUCAGUGGCAUAGGUUAGAAUUUUCAGUUCUUGUUGUGUAAGUGGUUGAAACUUGAACUUAAAGCUACUAAGUUGGUAUCACAUAUUCUAUUGUAGCAAGUGAGCAACUCUACAGAAAUGGCACAUUGUUCCCCUUAACAUGCCAUUACAGAGAUUAAGAAAGGCAGUUUUCUUUGUCAUAGAGAAUUGUAUUACAAAUGAAUUAACAUUUCAUGAAACAUUUCAGACAAGCAGGUCCUUAUAUCUGAAAUUUCAUUUAAUUUAUCUUCACAUGGAUUUGGUUCAUGCAUUCAGUUGAAUUACUGUAAAUAACUUAAAUUUUGAUUUUUCUAAUUUUCAAUCUAGAUUAAAUUAUCAUUUUUGGAACAAAUGCAUUAUGUCUUUGUAAUACUUUUGUAUGAUAUAAUGUACAGCUCUUAUAAUGGUUGUAGUGGCCUCCAUGGCCCAGUGGUUAAGGUUGCCAACCAACUUCAAAUCACUUGCUCCUCACUGCUGUGGGUUUAAUCUUGUCAGGAGGGAUUUGUUUCUUUCAUGUGAACAAGCUAUCCAGCUAGCUUACGGAAGGUUAGUGGUUCCAUACGAGUGCCUGCUUAUGUACCAAGGGGCACAUGAGGUCUUCCACAGGUAAAUCUGGAUAUUCGAUAAACUCUUACAGGGUCAAUUUGACUUCAAAACCAACAAAGAAAUAACAAAACAAACAAACAUAUAAGGUAUGGUGUAGUCAAUAAGGUUAACUGUGUCUUAAUGACAGUGGUAGGAUUAUUCAUGUAGGUUACUUUUAUAUAAAUUUCUUACAUAAAUUUUAUCAAGCGAUAAAAUCAUCGAUUUUGGAUAUAUUAUUUAGAUUCUAACAUGACACCAGCAAAUAAAUGCUGCUGUACCUGAUAUUAAGCUAGAUUACGCCUGAUUUGUUUCCGUUCUUUUUUUCAGUGCGUCACAUUUUUAGUGGUUAUGUUACAUAUAUAUUGAUUACGUCACAUGUCUAAAUAAAGAAUGUCAACAGUAAUUUUAUUGCAUUAUAACAUAAACUUUCGGUUCUUCUAUAUUCAAUAGGGAAAAAUGCGGGUCGUGUUAUAAUUACCUUUAAUAAGGUACAGGUUACCUCCUAUCUGGUUACUUUAUGAUAAAACAUUGAUGUUUUUGCAUUGAUUCAUGGCAGGUUUGCUUGAAGCAUGUGCACUUAAGUAUAAUUUGAUUAAAUGAAGCUAUUUUAUAAAAAAAUAAUGUUAACAUAAACUUUGUACUAAAAGUAAUAUUUUUUGUUGUCUUGAGUGAAUGAACUGGUUUAUUAGAUCUGCAAGCUUUGAAACCGGAAGUCCAUACACCAUUUAGAAAGUCAAAUCAAAAUUCAUUACAUCAUGUUAUGUACAUUUUGUUGAGUAUUAAAGAGUUCAUUUUCAAAAGCCAGUAUUUCAUGAAUUUAUUAAGUAUUUAUCAUGUUGACAAGUCAGAAGAAUGGUGUUUCAAGUUUGUUGUAUUAAAGUUAUUUCACCAGGCAUUAGCUUGUAUAAUUCAGACAUCUGAGUUCCUUUCUGUAUCAAAUAUUAAAUUUUAUUCUAAAAGGUGACAUGAUUUGUGUUACUCCUAGGCAAUUUGUAUCAUGUCAUGCCAUUCCUGAGACAAUGCAAUGGGGAAGUACUGAAAAUGAGCCAAGUUUUUACCUACUGUCUUUCCCCUCACUGCCAGGUCUAUGCAGUGGUUGUGCCUUUAGUGCCUAGAGAGCUAGGGAUAUUUCCAACUCACAUUACAGGGGUAUUAAUUGAGGGUUUUAUCAUUUGACAUUUUUGAUUAUCAUACCACCAUUAAAUGGUGGUGCAUACCACUUGUGAGGGUGGGGCCUUCACUUGUGGUUCAUAAUCAUAAAGUCAAAGUCACUCUUUACUCAGUGGGAGUGGUAUGUGUCAAGGUAAGAAUUGACUUAUGCAAUAUAUUGGAUUUUACAAGCUUUUGAUUGGUGAAUGACCUUUAUAUCUAUGAUAUAUGUAAUUUGAUGUAUACAUUGUUGUACGAUCUUGCUUUUAGUCAGGAUACUGGGGUAAAGUGCAUUACAGUUUUCGUUUUUGUUGUGUUACUAGGGUGAGAUUGUAGUAUAUUUAGAGAGGCAUAUUGUAUUUUUAUGCCACCGCAGCAUCUGCGAUGCGGUGGCAUAUAGCGAUUCACCUGUGUGUUUGUUUGUGUGUGUGUGUGUUAUAUAGAUUAUAUAGUGAACUUAAAAAAUCUUCUUGUGAAAAACCACUAGUCCAAUUUCAACCAAACUUGGCAGGAUUGUUCCUUGGGUGAAGGCCUUACAAAGUUGUGCAAAGAAUUUCAUUCUAUGCAGAAUUCUGGUUGCCAUGGCAACCAAAAGGAAUUAUAAGAAUAAAUUAAAAAAAUCUUCUAGGCCUCAGGCUUAGAUAUUUUGCAUAAGGCAUUGUCUGGUAGACCUCUACCAAGAUUGUUCAAAUUAUAUCCCUGGGGUCCAAAUUGGCCCCGCCCCGGGGGUCAUUGAUUUUCACUAUAUGUACAUAUAGUAAAAACUUAAAAUACCUUCUUGUCUGAAGGUACCAGGCUUAGAGGUUUGAUAUUUGGUAUGUGUUAUCAUCUAUAGGUACUCUACCAAAGUUGUUCAAAUUUUGCCUCUAGUGUCAAAAUUAGCCCUGCCCCGGGGGUCAUAUGUAUAUAGUAAAAACUUAAAAAAUCAUCUUCUCUAAAUUGACAAAGGCUAGAGGUUAGAUAUUUUGCAUGAAACAUUGUGUAGUGAACCUCUAGCAAGAUUGAGCAAAUUAUAGCCCUGGGGUCAAAAUUGGCCCCACCCCUGGGGGUCAUUGAUUUUCACUAUGUACAUAUAGUAAAAAAUUAAAAAAUCUUAUUGUCUGAAGGUACAAGGCUUAGAGCUUUGAUAUUUGGUAUAUGAUAUCAUCUAUAGGUACUCUACCAAAGUUGUUCAAAUUUUGCCUCUAGUGUCAAAACUAGCCCUGCCCCGGGGUCAUAGGUUUUCCUUACAUGUAUAUAGUAAAAACUUUAAAAAAUCACCUUCUCGAAUUGACAAAGGCUAGAGGUGAGACAUUUGCAGUAAACAUUGUGUAGUGAACCUUUAGCAAGAUUAUUCAAAUUAUAGCCCUUCGGUCAAAACAAAAAAAAUGUGUUCCUACAUUACUAUUUUAGUGUUGUAUUUAUGCGGUGGCAUAGCAUUUUUUACAAAUGCAAACUUGUUUUAAAAUUAGUAUGUUGAUAGGACCCACAUAUUAUUCUUUUACUAGCAUUUUGCGCUUUUUAUGCCCCCACAAUAUGGGAGCAUAUAGCGUUGCACUUGUCCGUCCGUCCGUCAGUCCGUCUGUACGUCCCGAAAUCUUGUGAACGCAACUCCUCUUAAACCAGAUGGCAGAUUUUGCUUAAACUUACAGGGAUGAACAACCUUAAUGUGUAGAUGGCAGUAAAGGAAGGAAUUUUGGCUGCAACCAAAUUUAACAAAAUUAUGGCCCUUUGUUGAUUUUUUCACUAUAUACUAUGUAGAAAUUUUGUGAACGCAACUCCUCUUAAACCGGAUGGCAGAUUUUGCUUAAACUUACAGGGAUGAACAACCUUAAGGUGUAGAUGGUAUUAAAGGAAGGAAUUUUCGCUGUGACCAAAUUUUACAGAAUUAUGGCCCUUUGUUGAUUUUUUCACUAUAUACUAUGUAGAAAUUUUGUGAAUGCAACUUCUCUUAAACCGGAUGGCAGAUUUUGCUUAAACUUCCAGGGAUGAACAACCUUAAUGUGUAGAUGGCAGUAAAGGAAGGAAUUUUUGCUGCAACCUAAUUUAACAGAAUUAUGGCCCUUUGUUGAUUUUUAGUUUUCAACUUGUGGCACAUGUAGUCCAAAAAAUAUUUGACCUAGAGUCAUAAGAUUGACAGAACAGUGGCGUGUGGGGGCAUCCGUGUCCUAUGGACACAUUUCUAGUUUUGCCUUGUCUUGGGUUUUGCCUUGUCUUGGGUUUGAAGCUCAGCUUUCAUAUACUGUCGUACUGCACCAGCAAUCCGAAAACAAUAUAUAUGACAUUAAGUGGAAUGUCUCAAUUUAAUGCCGUUGUAACUAUGGUUUUAUGUUUAUUUGCCCAGAUGAUUAUAGAAUCUAGUUAAUGUCAGUUAUAUUUUAGUAUAAUUUUUCUUGAUAAAAAGUGCCGGAACAAGAAAAAUUAUAUAUAUAAGGAAGAAAGUCAUGAGCAGGAGAUUAUACAGAGGAAAAACAUACAAAAUUAUAUAAGGUCAAUAAGCUAUAUAAGGUCAAUAAGCAUGAAGAAAAAGCAAUGGUCGCUGUGGUGUAUUGGUUCACAAUCCAGAGACCCUUGGUUCAUGUCCUGGCUGCAGUGUACCGAUUUUUCAAGGUUUUUUAUGUUUGGUAUAUAAAUAUAUAUGGCAAGAUGUAUAAACUUUUAGCAGCAAUAAUAAUAAUAGGCAAAUGCUACCAGUGUAGCCCAAAUUGUAGUAUUAUGAUGGUAGACCAACUAGGUAUUCAUUUUAUGCAGAAACAAUCCAUGUCAUUUAUUAGCAUGACUUAUUGGAGAGAAUCAUUUUUGUAAUAACAUGGAAAUGAAAUGUACUGGAAAUUCACUGAAAUACAUGGCUGUUUAUGUUACAAUGUAAUAAUUUUAACACUGCUAAAACAUUCAAAUCUGUUUUGUUGUUCAGUUGCAGUAAUUUGUUUUUAAAAUCCUUUAAUUUAGAAAUUGAAUAUUUAAAACGGGUCAAGGUUCUAUACCGUACAACUUGACAGAUUAAUAGGUAUAAGAAAUAUUUGGAUUUUAGUUUGUAGCUGAUUUUUAUGUUCACAUACAGAAAAUAUGUGUAAAAGUGGUACUAUAAGUGGUAUUAUAGUAUGUAAUUAUUCUUGUCUAAGGGUUUGGCAUUUCAAUUUUCUACAUGUGUAUGUUUUGAAUAGAUAUUUAUUUUGAAAAAUAUAUGAAAUAAAAAGAUAAAAUAUGCAAAAUAA